AUGAAGCCAUUGAUCUUGAUCACCGGUGCCAACCAGGGUUUAGGGUAUGCCACAGCCAAACAGCUUGCCAGCACCGGCAAAUACCGCCACCUCAUUGGCGCUCGGACGCAAAAGACAGUCGAGGAAGCUAUUGAGAAACUAGGCAGUGCCUCCAACGACUUGACACCAGUGAUACUAGACCUCAACAUCGACGAAUCCAUCAAGCUUGCCGCCGCCUUCAUUCAGGAACGGUUCGGUUCACUCGACAUUUUUUGCUUAGAGACCAACGUCUUCGGGGUGGUGGUUGUAAUGGAUGCCUUUCUUCCUCUUCUCCGUGCUUCCAAGUAUUCUGAUCUGCGCAUCGGCGACGUGACCAGCGGCCUCGGGCAGAUUGGGAUAACCUACUCGCCUACCUCGGAUAAAACCGCCCUUAACAUGAUCAAUGCGGUGGAUGCGGUGCGCCUGCAGAAGGAGAACAUUCUCUCAAUCGUGGUUUGCCCGGGUUACUGUCGAAAGGACUUUGGGGCAGGCCGUGGUGCCAAGUCUGCUGAGGAGGGGGCACAACCGAUUGUCCGCGCGGCAACAGAGGGUCUCCAGAAGAACUUUGGGAAGGUUGUGGAGGAUGAAGGGCAUUUUGUGGAGUUUGGGUGGUAGACGCCGCAGAGAGGGAAAUUCUUGUUAUUUGUAG